UGGUCGAACUGUAGCAUCACGCGUCUACCUUCUUUACGCAACCCAAGUGAGGAAUUUUCGUAAAUAACCAUGGUACUUUUUAGGUAGGUCAUUUCUUUCGUCAACGAGUCUACGGAAAAACAGAUAUCCUUCAUUUAUCAUUGUUUUUGUCUGAGAAUGAAUUAAGAUAUUUGGUCACGUCGAAUGUAACUAGCUAUCCCUAAUGUUUAUCGCAGAUCAAAGGAUCGCCUGCUCUUGCCGCUUCUUCUAGUCAUUGGCAUUCGUUUCUCAGGUACUGUUGCUAGUGUUGAGAAUCCAAUAUUUUAACUAAUGGUAACUAGUCACUCAUAAAAAAAACAUUUUGUUUAAGUUUUAAAGGAAGUUCAACAUCUUCCUUAUUCUCAAGCGAGGUCAUGAAAUCAACAUAUUUUGGUGUACCAUGUUUCGCUUGGGUUAAGUCCUAUUUUCAACAAAUAACAAUUACUUAUUACGUUUGAAUUUUGCAAGUCGAUUCAAAUUGUUGCUUUUAUUUCUUUUCUUACACAUUUUUCGAAAUUUGAGACUCCAAGGCAUGGCUUGGAGUUUGGACGCUAACGAAUCUGACAUGAACUAGGCUUUGCGCACGUACCAGGUACUUGAUGUCUAUCCCUAUAAAUGUCCGAUGACCAACAUUUUUUGAAUGAUACCAAUCAAACUGGCUUUACUUUCGUCUGAUGUCACCUUUGAAAUAUCCAUCACUGUUACACAUUUGUUUACAAAGAAAUCGAUCCAUGAUUUUAUCAAAACAGAUCCGUCACUAUCGAUUCGACAGGAGACAUUGAUGCCGCGCAAAUAAUAAAAAAACCUUUUAGAGGCAAUCAUUUUAGAUUUAGGUGUGCUUAAAUAGUGUUCGAGAUAUCGAGGUAGUUUUUCCUGGCAAGAAUAUCAUUUGCUGAAAUGAAAGCGUGUGUAGAUAGAUGCACUGCAUUGUAUUAUCUCAUCUCAGUUGGUUAAGCGCUGGCUCCCUGCUUCCUCUCAGCUUGGCGCCAAAAUAAUGACCGCAGCUUAGAACCUGAAGCGUUUAUACCUCGCUGCCAAUGCACAGCCCCUUAACGUUGAAGUUUUUAAGUCUUCAGCAAUCUUCUAACGUGUAAUCUUUCUUGAUAAUUUUAUGACUAAAAAGGGCGGUGAUAAUUAAGAUGACUUAACCAUUGACCGGAAGUCCUAUCACUAUUCACUUUGGAGAGCGCUGUUAUCAAAUGUGGCGCUCGUCUGUACUUUGUUAGAAAUACUAAGCUUGUUGCGGUGAUAUGUUUUCGUACAACUUAACCUGCUCGAAAGGGAAAACUAAAACCCUUCCUUUCAAGUACGUUUUUUUCGGUAUGUGGGUACAUAUCGUAAUAAACUUUGUACAGAUCGAGACUUGAAACACAACAAAACUUAAUGUUAAAAUAGCCUGCACGAUGGGAACUUUUCCUGUGCUUAUUUUGUUUACAUUGAAAGUAUUAUUACGGCUUAGAAUAGAUGGCCUUUUGGACCAAAAAAAAAAGUUGAGGAGGUCAGAUUUCGAAUGGCCUGUUUGUAGAAAAAACAAUUCAUGCGUGUAUCCAUCGAUUUUUUCUGUAUGAUUUUAUUUGUUCAUCGUUCAAAUUUAACUGACGAUAUAAAAUAAACUUAAAAAAAGAUUAAUUAACAUCUGUUGCUCGCUACUGAAUCAAAUAACACAUAUUUUUCAUGCCUUGCCAAUAAAAAUGCACUUUUUUUCAUGGGCAUUUUAUUAUGGCAAUUAUCAUUCGUUGUUAUUUUUAGCUCAACCCAGUGUGAUACAAAGUAAAUUAAGCCUUGUAAUUUAGAGUGACGAGUAGACUGAUAAUUAACUUUUCUUUAGCGCGUUUAGAACCCAGCAACGUCGUCAAUCAUCCGUAUAAUCCCGACUUGGAACAUUUCAACGGUUGCAACGUAAUUGGCUUAUCUCGCGUCCUCUUUUGAUGAACCGAAGGAAUCAGGCGAUUCUACAAGUAAACUAAUACUGUAUUUCCUUUAUUAAAGUUUCGGCUGUUUAGUUUGGUACUCAAGCUUUCAACUGCUACGGCUUACGAAAGUUAAGCUCUCAAUCAGAGCCGUUGCUUUCCUGCUUACUGGCUUUGAACGGAUCAAGUUUAGCCUUCCGUAAAUCGUGCCCCAACAAGACAUUGUAUACUUGAAGUGUUUGUGUGUGUAUGAGUUUUUUUAAUGGCGAGAAGAUCUCUGAGGUGCUAAAUUGCGUAGCUCCUUUGUGUUAAAAACUUGAAGACACAUGCUAUAUCUAUAUUUUCCUGGCGUUCUCUCGAUAAUUUGUCAAUCAAUUCAGGAAGAUCAAUCAAUUCAGGUGAAUGAUAGAAAUCGAACUGGAAUUUUCAUUUUUUGGGCUCACGUCACGACAAGGUUAAAAUUCACGUCACCACCAAAUUUUUAUGCUUGGUCAAUUUAUCACAUUGAGUCAAAUUUCACCCAUGGAGAGAUUUCGAUGGCGUUUUUGAGAUGUUCCUUUUCCAUUGCAAUUUGAUCAAAAAUUUGAAAUAAGCAGUUGUCGAUAUUGACAUUUUCCUGGACAUUGCGCAUGGACAUUUCUCUGUUUGCAAUUCUUUUUGGGCGAUCCUGUCCCAUCUUUACGUUGAAUUAGUAAAUGGUACUCUUAUGUAAACGUGUGGAACCUAUCUGUAAACUUCAGUUAUUUCUCAGAGGUAUUUUCUUUACGCUUCACCUAUGACUUCCGGAUUGCCUCUUCGCAAAAUCACGAUCAUUAUCAGCAGGUGACGCGAAAGUCACUAAGCUGUCUGAUGAGUGUAUGUAGCAACAAUGUCACAAAUAAAGGAAGACUUCAUAUAAAUAAUAGGGAGGAGAUAUAGUUCUAAAAGGUAGAAAAGCUCCGAAGGAUCAUGCUCACAAAACGAUAUAUUUAUGUCAGAGUUUAUAUUAGGUCUAAAAGAAUGUUAUCGACUAACGAAAAAUCAAAACUCUUGAUUGACUUUGAAGAAAGAGUUCAACGACUUAUCUAAGAGCUUGAAGACUAAGCUUGAAAGCUAGGGCUGGCUCAUGUUUCUUUCAAGACAUGAAAGUUUUGUAGACAAAGUUGCACCUGAGGAUCACGUGCAAAGGUUGGACUGGAAUACCUCUGAUUUGAUUUGAAAAUUUACUAACUCGGAGUUUGGGCUCAGUAUUGGAUAUUUUAGUUUGAUCCUUGAUUUUCAAGUACACACAGAAAACAUUGAGUGGUAUUGUAGUCGUCAUGUGAUGUGGAACCUAAACCUGCGAAUAUUGAAGAUUACUUCGUUUUGAAAAAAAUUGAUCUUGUGUUUUGCUCUGAAACGGAAAGUUUAAAUUUACAACGUUUACAACGAAACACUUUUCCUUCACUUUUACCAUUUUCGACUUGAUUUUAAUGUUCUAUAUACUGAUUUUCAAGGAAAGCCUGAAACAAAUAUUAUCUUAAACGUGAAAAUUUGGUUUUAUCAACCGAGUUGAUAAAGUAACCUGGCCACUGUAAAGAGUUUCCAAAGCUGACGUUUCGAGCGUCACACGUCAAGAAUUCUAUACCUUUUUCUUGUUUCUGUCGUUUAAGAGGGCCAACACCGCGCCCAACAAAUUGAUCGACAAUCAGCACUACAAACGGCACAGAACGAAAUACCCAUCCAUUCCAUUCACUCUCACAUUUCACCCUCACAACCACGCAGUUAAAUCUAUCCUUCUUUAAAACUUACUUCAAAACGAUUUAGAGACUGGUACUAUGUUUUCGAAACCUCCACUAAUUACAUUCAAAAGUGACAAAAACAUCAGUAACUUUUUGGUCAGAAGUUAAUUUCCAAACUAAGACCAACCGGGAACUUUCAAAUGUGCUCGCUCACUGUGGAAAACUUGUCCUUUCAUUCAUCACGUGGAGAAAUGUCGGGACCCAGGAGAUCUGUGAAGAUCACUGAUCAUUUCACGUGCACCUCCGCCAGUGUCAUCUAUUGCAUGAACUGCACUUCUUGCAAAAAUUUAUACAGUGGUGAAAGAGGAAGACGACUGGGUGACCGAUUCCAAGAACACCUUCACGACGUAGAAAGAAAUGACAGGGACGUAUUCAAACUAGUCGCUAGACACUUUAAUCUCCCUAAUCAUUCUAAACAGUAUAUGGCAGUUUACGGCCUUUUCCUGAAUCUACGCAGUUCGGAAAGCCGCAAAACUCUAGAACAAAAAUUUAUAUUUCUUAAUCGGCACUCUUAAUCCCCAAGGUAUCAACGAGCGCUUUUCAUUUAACUAACUUAUUCUUGUUUCCUCGUCACCAUAUUCCUGCCAAUAGCAUAGCAUAAAAACAUACACACAACCCACAAUUCCUCCAUUCGCUCUGACAAAGGACUAACGCUCGAAACGCCAGCUUUGAAACUCUUUACGGUGGCCAAUUUACAUGAUCAACUCACUUGAUAAAACCAAAUUAUCUAAUCAUACUUUCAACCGACGUAGCUAUCACAUUUUCUGAAGAAACUUACCCUCUUUAAUCUUAAAGGUGUUGGCUGUCCUUAGUCAAAAAGCAAGGCAUUUCCUUUUUCUCUCAACUCAUCAAUAUAUUAAUUGACUUCAGAUUCGUCUUGCGGUGGAGCUCUUAAUGGCCGUCAUGGAAUUAUUCAGUCGCCAAACUUUCCUGACACGUAUCCAAAUAACUUGCACUGUGUGUGGAACAUAACUGUGGCUACAGGCUAUCGGGUGAAAAUUCGGUUCACAGCUUUUGAUGUAGAAUAUUUCAAAUAUUGUGAAUACGAUUGGAUUUCCAUGCGUUCCGGAAAUAGUACUCAUGGAAAAUUUUGUGGCUCUAAAAAGGGAGUUCAUCGCAUUCCCCACGAUCAAUUAAUAUCACCAACAAACGAGGUCACUCUCAUCUUUCACUCGGAUUACUCCAAUGAGGAAGUCUACAAAGGUUUCAGAGCACAUUACUCCGCUGUUGGUAAGUACAUAUUUCUUUCUUACCACAUUUUUUGUAUUACUUGGUUCACAUUAACCGAGCAGGAGGUCUGUAGCGGAGAAUUUUGACUGAGAUCGCAAGAUACUCCUCUACUGAAAACCCUAAUAGGUUAAUAAGAUGUUCAUUGACCAAAAAAGAAAUCCAAAGGACAUAAUAUAAAUAAUCAAAUAAUUCUGGUUCAAGCCUUUAGCUGCCCUAUUUCCGUCGCUACUCUUCAGUUCAAAAAGGAAAAAAAUUAAAUGUUUAAAGUCCAGCUUCCAAACUUCCUGAAUUACUGAAAACAAAAUAGCUGUUCUUUCCAUAAUAGGCUCAAAAAAGAAUAUCUAUAAAUUGACCAAAAGUACAACAAAUUUAAAUGCCUGUCUGUUCCUCGAUCGCAAGAUCUGUUCUUUUUCAUCCCUGCAAUGUUAAACCCACCGCCACAGAGAACAUUGAUGUUGUACACAAAAUCUCCAAGCUUGUGUUUUCUUUUAUACUGCUCAGUAGAGGUUACCUUAAUUUUUUUGCUGUCCCUUGCAGAUGCAGAUGAGUGCAAAAGGGAUAACGGUGGAUGUGAUCAUUACUGCCACAAUUACAUAGGCGGUCAUUAUUGCUCAUGUCGACCAGGCUACAGACUUCAACCGGAUAAGAAGUCUUGUUAUGGUAAGUCUCCUCCUUUUUCCAUAACUCUUCGUUUUCUUCGAAAACUUUUAAAAUCUACUGAUUGCUCAGGUAAUAUUCAACCAAGAGAGCGACCCAUUCAUUUCCCAAGAUUAAUUUUCCUGUCGUAAUGUGGCUUAAAAUUUAUUGCCCCGUUUACUUUUGUUCGUAAUUUUUAAUGUUCGGGCAUUCUUUAGUUGUUUGCAAUAACCAGCAAUUUAAAGCGAGGCGAGGUGAAAUAGCUACUCCAGAAUACCCCAAGAACUACCCCAAAAACUCUAGAUGUGACUGGACCAUUGAAGUGGAAGAAGGAUACCAGAUAACUUUAAGUUUUACUCAGGUAAGUUUCGUUCGUGAUUUCUUCCUGUUCUGGAAUAAAUUGAAAUACUCUUCGUCAAUGAACAUGCUGAAUUAUUUUAUGAUGGGAAAAGUCAUGCUGGUAAAUUUGGUGGAUUUCUUUAAAUAUCUACUUUGGUUCUGUUCGAAUCGUGCUCUUCUAAGUCAUAUCACUGCCCAAGUUCUGCUGAUGCUAUCUUUUUAUGGCUCAAUAUGUUAAAUUCAAAUCUUAACCAAUAUAGUGAGGUAAGCGUAUUUAUUAAUGCAAAUGUUUUUGCAACAACUAAUGGCACUGUUCUUGCAACAACUAAUGGCACUGUUCUUGCCCACUAAGGAUAAAGUAGGGUUGUUUGCAGUAACUUUAUGGAAGGUUCUGUCCGAGACCCUAUGACCCUUUUUGAUACCAGACAAUGAUUACUAAUUCUCAUUUUCCUUUUGUUUUUGCCUUGAUUUUUAAACCUGUCAGUAAAUGCUCUUACCUAUUUCCUCUAUGCCAUUAUUGUCUUUCGUGCUUUGUCGUAAAAUACGAUUUUCACCUCGCACAAAUAUUAUCCCAGGUUGGUUGUCGCGUUAACGAACUGUGGAAUAUCACAAUUUCCCUAAACUCUUCCCUGAUUAUCGUGCCGCUUCGAUAACAAACCACAGUGCAUUUAUUCUCCUGGUCAUGGUUACACAAAGUUAAUAUUUGCCUACAUUAUAUAAUAAUAACACUGUUGAUUUGUUUUUGAUUUUGGGCUUAGUUUGAAGUGGAGGAUCAUCCAGACGUGAUUUGUCCUUACGACUACUUGAGAGUGUCAGCAGGCAUCAAUAGAAAGUAUGGUCCUUUCUGUGGGAAGUCUCUUCCCCAGAACGUUACUUCAUCUGAUAACUACAUGUACCUGGAGUUUGUGUCCGAUGGUACUGAAAACUACAAAGGAUUCAAAGCGAUUUAUGACACACAUGGUAACGUUUUAUCAAACGAUUGUAAAUAAAUCCCUUGCAACCCACAAAUGAAGUGCUCUGACCUUGCUCGUGAAUUUUAUUGGUUGUCUCGUUGUCUGUUUAACUGACUGAUCUGUUUGUUAUCAUUGUAUCAUUGUUAGCCGAGUCGUCUAAGUUGUAGUGGCCAUUUAAUUAAUUUUAUGGUAUAAUCGUUGCAUUAUAUUUUAUUUAUUAGCAUUUUGCUUUUACAGGGUUACAAUGCCCAAUCUUACGCGCUCCACAGCAUGGAAACAUGACGGGGGAUAGUUUUACGUUUAAGGACGUCGUACAGUUUGGUUGCGAUGAAGGUUAUCUUCUAACAGGCUCUGCUGUCAGGGAGUGUCUCAGCAGCGGAACCUGGGACGGAGAUGUCCCUGAAUGCAAACGUAAGUACAGUUACUCCUUAGGUGACUUACUUCUUAGAAGUUACGCCUUAGGUGAAUGCGAUCUUGUGGGGGAAAAGUUAUUAAGGCCCUUUUGAACUCCGAGCAUUACAAAGUGAAGAUAUAAAUUUGAUACUUUAUAGUUAUGAUGCUUGAACUGGAGUCGAACCAGAGCACGGUAUAAGCUGCUUUAAAGUCACUUCGUUGAAAGGAAAUUUCAGAACAAUUUUGAUUGUGGUUGACAAGGCAUCUUAACUUUAGGGAAUCUCUAUCGACAGAAUGUGAAUUGAGUGACGAGUCAACCUUAACUGCAAAAUUUAUUGCCGUGGUUUUUUACUUCUUUCAAUUGCAUUCGUUUAUUCAUCUCUCUAACGGCACAAGCGGUAAACUGUGGUAAUCCUGGAAUCCCACGUCAUGGUAAAAUGGGACAGACUGGAUUCACCUACAAGAAAACCGUAACAUUUUCUUGUGACAAGUAUUUUGAGCUUCGAGGUCAGAGCACUAGACAGUGCCAAGCAGAUGGAACCUGGUCUGGCGAACAACCCAAGUGUGUUGCAAGUACGUUAGCCUGGCUAUAACGUAAAUUUUUAAUAACGCCUUUCUUUUAUAUUAUAUUAGGGUCCCGACCCUUCUCUUCGUUAGCUUAUAUUGGAAAUUGAAGGGACCACUAUCAUAAUGAAACCUAAAAGGCCGUUUGGAAAAGCAGCUUUGUGAAAAUUAAAAUAGAAUGGACAGGACGUGCUUGCAUGUCUUUUUAAGAGAACACGCAGAGAUAAAAAGAAGAGUAAUUUUAUCGCCAUUUUCGACAAAUUUGAAAUGAAUAUUAAGACAACAGAUAGAUAUCAGACCACUUCUGUGGCAAUAACCCAUGCCACAAAUUUAUUUUGAUUCCAGGGCAAAUCAUUCAAUCUAAUCUGUGAGUGAUGUGAAUUAGAAUAGUUGGAGCGAGACAAAUCAUCGUUCUAAAUUAUUCUCGUAAGACCUAAAUAACAAAGGAAAAGAGAGAGAAGUUAUGAGGAACAAAUGAAAGAUAGAAAACUUACUUCUUUGCUUCUUUUUACAAACUUAGACCACAUGUAUUGAACCCACUGUUCCUGCCACAAACGAGUUUCCUUUUCUCUCAAAUGAUUUCAAAAGUCUAAGGGAGUGACCUACUGAAAUGAACAUCUUGGUGCAACUCGCACCAAUUGUGGCUUCUAACGCGCUCGGCUGAGACAAUUAGCUCAUUUAUUACACCCAUUUUGAAAUCACUGAUGGUCCCUGUAAUCUGAUUGGCUCUACCUGGUGCGAUUUAUUCACGAAUCGCACCAUUUUUUUCUUUAAAUCGCAUCUUUUUCCCAGCCAAUGAGGAGGCUACACUAAAAACAAAACAACCAAUCAGACUUUAAGGCUUGUUUAAAGUAACCGAUCAAAUUGCAGGAAGAUGAAAGACAUGGAGUAUCAUGUGGCAAAUUUUGCAACUUUUGUUUCCAAACUCUUAUUUUUCCUCCCAAAAAAUGGAUGAAUUUAAAUUCAAACCGGCUCAGUAUUGUGUGAAUAAAAUAUUUGAACUGACCAAGUCCUGUAUUUGGGCGAUUUCAAAAUGGAUGUAAUAAAGUGGUAAUUGAACCUCGUGUUGUGCAAUUUUGGUCUGAAAUCGUACUUGUGAUUUCAAAUCGAACUCGCGCUGUGCGCUCGUUCAAUUUUGAAAUCACACUUAUGAUUUCAGCCCAAAUUGCACUCCACUCAGUUCAAUUACCAUUAUAAAUGCCACUAUUACUGAAACUUUAUCCGCGCGUCUAUCAUUUUGUCUUCCUUGGUAGUGAUUGCUUUGAUGCGUUGGUAUUUGUUAACAGUUUUUUCUCUACUGUUAUCAAUACAGGUUGUGGAGAAGUAGAAAACUUUAAUUUCAGUCGUGAUGUUUGUAGAAAGAGGAUCGUUGGCGGCCAGGACUCAUCCAAAGGGGCCUACCCAUGGCAUGUGUUACUUAUGAAGGAUGGUCGGUUGGCCUGUGGUGGAAGUCUUUUGAACGAACGAUGGGUUCUAACUGGUGAGUCAAUCACAGGCCCUUCUCGGUAGCUUUGCUACAAAGAGGAGAAAAAUGAUCAACGGUUUUGGAAACACUAGUUACUCUGAUAAAAAAUCAGUUUUCUUGACAGGGACUUGGUUAUCCGCUAUUUUCAUUGUUUUUACGAAGUGUCCAACUCUGUCAAUAUCAUCGCUAUUAUGUUCUGGUAUGGCUUUGUCACGCGAAUGUCUUUGUGCGUGCAGAGCUUGCUUGUUUUAAGGGAAGUGAGUUACUCCUUGGAAGUUUUAAAGAGUUUAGAGGAGGCAAAUAAUGAGGCAAACACAACCUUUUUAAGAGUAUUCAACAUAUGAACAUUUAAAAACUCUUCAUAGAUCUUUUACCAAUGUUACUUAGUACGUCAUUUUCAUCUUCAGCUGCUCACUGCGUGACGAGCAAGCAAUCAGACAUUAUCCCCCUUUCUCAACUGGAUAUUUUUGCUGGUCUACAUGAUAUCCGCAAAUUCAACGACAGCCACGUUCAGAGGAGAAGAGUCAUAAAGAUCAUUAAUCACCGGGACUUUAAUUUCACUCUGUUUGAGUCUGACUUAGCGCUUUUGAAACUGGAUCGUGAAAUAAAAAUAUCAGAUUACGUCAGACCUGUCUGUCUGCCAGAAAAACCUGAGUAAGUCAAACACUUAUUUACUUGUCCAAUUCUUUACGUUUUAUGGGUAACAAUAUUUCUACGACUGUUGUAAAAGGUGAACAUAUUUGUGAAAUUAACUACUUGAUUGAGCCGUGCUGCCGUGGGCCGUUAUUUUUCACAUUUUUUUGAACGACAGCGAAAAAAGUUCCAAAGAUCCUCUCCCUGCAAAGCAAUGAUUCUUGCCGGUUGAUUUCCUGCUGUUGUGUCAAGAGAAGGGCCACAAUGGGAGCAACUUUUCUUCUCUUUCUCGCUUUUUAGGCAGAAGAGUUUGUUUAUGCGCGGAAAAUUCGGCCGAGUGGUAGGCUGGGGUUAUAGAGUGAGCCAGGACUCCAUUGGGCAGUUUGCAAACAUACUCAAAGAGAUCUGCAUUCCGACCAUUGGCAACGAUAAAUGCCAAGCUGCCUUCAAGGAUGAAGGAUACAUUGUGACUCCAAAAAUGCUCUGCGCUGGUCAGGUUCAAGGUGGAAAAGAUUCCUGUCAUGGAGACUCUGGUGGUGGAUUUGUGUCCAUGAACCCAGUGAGCAGGAAGUGGGUACUGGGCGGGGUAGUGAGCUGGGGUAGUAGCCUGGGAUGCGGAUUACGAAAUAAGUAUGGAGUAUAUGUACGCGUCACAGAGUUUAUCCCUUGGAUCAAUCGGUACAUGUCCUGAGACCCCCUAAACUUAAUCAAGAUGUAACCAACUUAUUUGGAUAAUUUAAUCAGUGUAUAAGCAAGAUUUUCUCUAUAUCAGUUUGAGUUGGAGUUAUUGAAUCUGUUUUUUCUCAUUUGAAAAAAUACAAAUGAUGCACCUUUGCCUGUGAGUGUCGAAAGUAAACUGCUUAUCAAGGUUAGCAGUUUGUUAGAUCUCUCAGCAUUAUCUGUGGGUUUACUAUUUUAGGUUGUAUAAUCUUACGGCAACAAUUUUUGUCUUUCGGCUGAUUUGGUGUUUACAGAGUGAAAGAGUAAUAUAUAAAAUGUCCAACUGAAAUUUAUGGCUUGCUUGAUUAACUACUUUUACAAUCUUUCAGGACUGUUUAUCUUGUAUCUAGAUGUAGAAAUCAUUUUAUGUAGUCUUUUUAUUUAUAAACAUAUAUUUCUUUUAAUCUUUUGGAUUUAAAUAUCUGUUUUAAAUAUUGAUUUACAAGAGAGUUCUAGUUUCCAUUUACCAAAAUGACUUAAGUAAGUCAUACACUUUCAUUACUUUUCAGAGCACUCGCUUUUAGUUAUGUGAUUCCAAACAAUAAAGACAUAUUACCGUAUGAGUAAAUUUCACUUAAAGCCGAAAAAACGAGUCUUUCAUACCUCUGGUAUAAGAAUGAAGAAUUUUCACUGUAGGUAAAAUCAGGAGUAGCAACCGUCUCCAGGGUAUAUCGGGCAAUAAUGAUUUGUAUCUUUCUGGGAAAGACUUAGUAGCUUUUUAAAGCGUAUGCUGACGCAAAUUUGUUGCUGUUAUGUUAUGUUAUAUUUUAAAUACUGUUUUUAUUGCUACAAAUGUAUAUCUUGUUAUUAUUAUUGUUAAGUUGUGAAGUUCUCUAUUCUCUUCUCAGGAAAAGGGGGGGAUACUCGCAAGACGCCAAUUGUUUUUGUAUUCGAGUCGCAAAUGCUUUGAUGUAACAUGUCAUAGAGACCUCGUUAGUCAUCUAGACCGUUAGAGUUCUACAGUUUACCUCACUAGUACGAUCCCUGUUACUACAGCAUUGGAACUCGAGUGUGGGGUUCGAUUCUUGAGUGGGAAUUAAAUAUUUUCUUCGUACUACACUUGAAAGAAAACUUUGUUGAAACUGAUUGAUGUAUAAAAGGAAAGCCUUCACUAAACAAAACGAUUAAGAUAAACAGAGUCUAAUAGUUUGGAGAAUCCUUUCCUUUAGUUCUGCAGUUACUUAUUCUUCCUUACUAAAAUCAAACUGCUAAGAGCUGUCUGCCCGAGAAGAUUGUCGAUGAUGACAUCUUAACAUUUUGAACGUGCUUCUCAGGUGGUUGUUUCCAUGUCUUCGGGAGGGAGGAAAGAGACGGGGAAGUUGUGAAGAUAUUGAAAUGAGUUUGAGUACAUUGACCAUCCGCCGAAAAUAAAUUGAAAAAGGUUGACCGUUGUGGUUCGUGGCGGUUGUAGAGAGCUAAUAUCUGAUGUAGGCUCAACCUUGUUUCACUUUUUUACCGUCAAUUAUCGCUUGGAAAAUCGUCAGUUUUUUGUACGGAAAGAGUGACGAUCUUUAAUGUGGGAUUGUGUUUUGGUCGAGACGAAACAUAGAAUGUUUUUCUCGCUAAGAAUCAAUGCUCAAAAGAGUGACGAUCUUAAAUGUGGGAUUGUGUUUUGGUCGAGACGAAACAUAGAAUGUUUUUCUCGCUAAGAAUCAAUGCUCACGCCCAUGGCCGUAUUAUUUUUCUCUUCGCCUCUUGUGGCUGCAAGGUAUCAUGUUUACAUAAAAACGGUUAUUAAAAGAUAAAAUCAAGGUAGUUCAAUAAAUGGAAAUUAAGCUGCAGCUGACGUUUCUACAAUAUUUACAAUUUUAUUAGCUUGUAGUCUUGAGUUACUGUUGUGCAAACAGCCAAUUUUCUUUGACUAUACGCACGAAGAACAUCUAAAAUUGCGG